CACCAUACUGCCAGACGGACUCCCAGUCGUGGGUUCGACCAUUCCCCCAUGUCUACCAUCAUGGAUCUCACCCGCCUCACUCGCCCCGCGAUCCUUUGCCAGUGUUCGCGAUGCUCGAGCUCGCUGGCGGCCCUCGAGAACGAGUGGGCCAAGCUCUCGAAUUCUUACUCCAUAGCGGCCGGAUGGCUAAGUGUCGAACUACAUCGCAUCUCCAUAUCCCACGAAAAGAAACAAAUACCGCAAUCCUCUGAACUGAGCGUCCUCCGGGGUCGCAUCUUGCAAGAGAUUUCCUGUAAGCUCUGCCAGCAGAAACUGGGAGUGCUCUGCGCUCUGGACAAUGGCCCCAAUGUCUUCUGGAAGCUUUCGAAGGUCUCGUUCCGCGAAAUUGUCACCAUGCGCACGGUUGAGCCCACAUUCAAAGAAGGAUCACUUGAACGCCUGUUAUAUUCAACCCCGGCCAGCCAAAACCGAACGCCGGUCCAGCCAGGGGCGCUGGUACCCACCGGGUCGACGGCCAUCGAGAACUACAAUGGUUCGGUCGAGCAACACAUUCAGCAUCAGGGGCUAAGCCUCGACCACAUCUCCAGCUCGGUCAGCAACCUCCACGACACCAUGUUCGAGCUGAAGAACGCAUUCACCGCCCUCCGCAUCGAAUUAAAUGGCCCCGGUCGGUUUGGAUCCGAUAUGGGUACGCCCGCCAGCAAGGAUAUGAUGAUUGCAACAGUGUUAAAAGAACUUCGAUCGAAAUCGGAUGAAAUCGAAAGGAUGAAGCUGGAAAUGGAGGCAAUGAAACUGAGGAACCGCUACGCGGAGGAACAAUCGGCUAAACCGCUACCUCCGCCUAUGUUGAGCGCAGACGUGGGGAUGCUUCCGGAAGUCCGGAGCCCAGGUCUACUCCAAGGGAGCAGGAAACGCCCAUGGCCAGACUCGUUCCCGAGUGGCCGUACCCAGCCCAUCGGGGACUCAUUCGACGAAACCGACGAUGAUGACAGCAUUGCAGACUUCACCCUGGAAGACGUGAACAUUCCGCCCGUCAAGAUUCCUAUAAAGGAUCCCCAAUCAAUGCAUACCACUACCGAUACGACGCACGAGCCAACCCCGUCUGGAACCCCACAACUUCGCAUCGAACGCGGCCAGUCUGAACGCCAGACUCCCCACCUUGAGAAUGGGCUGGGUCAGAACCACGAGACCGCCUCGAACUCGCCACACGAGGCCAUCCUCAAACGUCCUCGCCUAGCUCAGCCCUCAGACAAACCUUCUACUGGGAAAAAAGCUGGACGGCCACCCCGAAAAUCCUUAAACAACCAGACCUCCAAACCCGACAACAUCCUCAGCCCCAAACCCACACCACUUACCGAGCAAAACGGGAAUCUCAGCAGCACCGCCACCAACAACAAAGACGCCCAACCCACUGAACCGAGCCCCAGCGAUUCCCGCGUCUCAAAAGAAACGCGCCCCAACCGCUCCCGAAGCCUACGAAGUCGCUCUCGACCUCCCUCACGGCGUAUCUCCGCAGCAAACGCGGCCAGCCACCACCCAGAACCAGAGCAGACCCCCACCACCAACAACAACAACAACAACAACAACAACAUCAACACUAACACCAACAACGAACACGCAAACAAAGAAGGUCCCGAACAGACCGAAUCACAUCUACUCAGCGCCGGAAAAGAAAACUCCCACGUGACCACAAACGGAGUUCACAAGCCGGAAACCAGAGAAAAGCGUAAAGCCCAGACCGCUGCGCGGGACAUUAUGGUGCGAUUAGCUAUGCAGCGCGAGGAAGCGAUGGAAACCGAGGACUCCCGGUGAGUUUGGAGAGCUGGAGCUAGACUGUCUUGUCUCCUUCUAUCAAUGUAUUAGGUACAUUCGAUUUACCUUCCUUCCUUCAUUUUCUUCUUCUAUGUGUUUGUACAAAAGUGGCCGUUUUUGUUCCAUCUUUAUAUUUUACAGAUUUAGGAACUGGUAGGUCAGUUAGUCAGUCAGUCAGUCAUCACUGGCUGGACUAGAUUGUCCACGCUUUCCUCCCCCCACCCCCACCCUAGGGCCUAGGUCUCUGUUCUCAAUGAUAUCCCCAGAU